CUAAACGAAUAAAUCGUAAACCGAAGGGGCACUUCGAAAGUCACGCUUUGAAAUAUUUUCGUUAAAUUGUGGUUAUUCGGGCGUAAUUUGUCGACAAUUUAUGAUUUAUACGUCUGCCAUGUUCUGAGGAAUUUUAUUUGUGUUGAGCUGUGUGCAAAUAAACGGAUCAGUAUCUUAUUUUACGUUCUAUUUCCUUGAAAUUUCCAAGCAUAUAUUUCUCUGAGUGGUUUUUGUAUUGGCGAACGUGGAGGAUAAACGUUGACGUUCUAAAACGCCGCCUUUGACGAUGUCUCGACAGCAUAAAUGGCUUCUUAGCAUCUACGUAUCCGAUCUCAAUGUUGAGAAGACUUUGGAAGUUACUGGUCAAACAUUUGUCGGUAAUCUCAUGGUGGAACUCGUGAACAGAUUAGGUGUUACUAGAGAUUGGUCAGAUCACGCUUUGUGGUGGCCACAGCGAAAGACAUGGCUUAUUCGUUCCCGAGUUACGCUUGAUGUUUGCGGUGUUCAAGCUGACUCACGCUUGUUGUUCACACCCAAGCAUAAAAAUGUCCAUCUACAAAUGCCCGAUUUACAGUUCAUCGAUACUACAGUGGAUUUCUCGAAGAAAGUAUUUCACGCUAUUACUGAAGUGUGUUCUCAUUUUGGCAUACGCCAUCCUGAAGAAUUAUCCUUCUUGCGUCCGCCUGCUCGCGAAAAGAAAGAGAAGAGAACACGUAAAAUCAGCAAACGCCGUAACUCGCAAGGUUCUGAGCACAGCAUUAACUCCGAUGAGGCUCAGACUACGGCUGUUUCAUCAGAUGGAAGGCUUACAGUCCCUGGAAAAACUGGCAGUGUUGAUGGCGCAUCACAGCACAGUGCUUCUACUCCAGGUUCGCCUAGGAGUCAUCAUUCAUUCGACAGCUUUGACUCUGACAAUCAUAUUCUAGCAUCCAGCCCUUCAGUUCCAUCUCAAGAAGCCUUGGAUUCAAUAUACAAAGCAAAAACUCUUCAAGAAAAAGUAAUUUUUCAUGCUGGAUGGCUGGAUUCAUCAAGAUCACUUAUGGAACAGGAUGUUGAAGAAGAUGAGCAUUUGAUGAUGAGAUUUAAAUAUUAUUCCUUCUUUGACCUUAAACCAGCUGUGGAUGAAGUUCGUAUUAAUCAGAUUUAUGAGCAAGCUAAAUGGUCUGUACAAGUCGAAGAAGUUGAUUGUACUGAAGAAGAAGUGAUGACAUUUGCUGCUUUGCAGUUUCAAGUGAAUAUUGCAACAUCAAGUCCUCCAGUUGAUGAUAAUAAAAAACAAGAUAAAGAUGACGACAUUACAAGUGCUUUAAAUGAUCUGCAGCUGACAUUAGAAGGCACAAGUUCUCCAUCAUCACAAAAGACUUUAAACCAACUACCAGAGUUGAGUGAUUGGUUGUUGUUAAUCAAGCAUAAAAUGUUAGGAAUGAAAGAAAAGAAGAAGUUCUGGUGUGUCUUUCGAGACACGUAUUUUUCAUACUUUAAGUCGAACGAAGAGUCGUCAGGCGCCCCCAUACAAAAAAUUGAUUUACGAGGCAGCGAGGUUUAUCCAGAGGUAAAUGUGCAGAAAGAAAAGUUUGUUGUGAAACUUAAAUUUCCAGAAAACGAGGAAGUUCACGAUCUGGAGCUUGGAUUAUCCAGUGAAGGACAGUAUUCGAAGUGGAUGGCUGCUUUUCGUCUCGCCGCAAAAGGAAAAACCAUGGCAGAUAGUUCGUAUGAAUCUGAGGUUAAUGGUAUCCAAGCUUUCCUGGCAAUGCAAGUUAAUGGUUUUAAAAAUACAACGGCUCCAGGCGGGGUUCAAAUCCAGCCCGAAAAUUUUGUUCCAAACCGCAUUUUGAAAAAAUUCAAAGCUAAACAGAUUGCAGCUCGUAUCUUGGAGGCUCAUUCUUCACUUAAUUUGAUGACUGUAAUGGAAGCGAAGAUGAAUUAUAUCAGAAAGUGGCAAGAGUUACCGGACUUUGGUAUAACUCACUAUGGUGUAAAAUUUAGAUCCGAAAAGCACUCAAAGAAAGACGAGAUCUUGGGCAUUGCUGACAACAGGAUAACGAAGAUAGAUGCGACCAAUGGUAAAGUACUCAAUAGCUGGCGCUACAGUGUGAUGAGACAAUGGAAUGUGAACUGGGAAACGAAAGAAAUGAUCAUUGAUUGUGAAGGAGAAAGAAUUUGCUUUGUCUGCACAACUGCUGACAUUAAGAGCAUUCAUGAGUUUAUUGGUGGCUAUAUUUUCCUUUCGAUGCGCAAAGAUGUCAAUCAACCAGUGGAUCACGAAUUGUUCUUUAAAUUAACUGGUGGAUCGGUGCAAUAAAAAACUCUAGUGCUACAGAAUCAAAAUAUUUUAAUCGCGAUUGUGUUUUCUUUAUGUAUAUACUAUAUAUGAAUUGUUCCUCAAUAAUUGGUAAGAACUUUCAUGAAAAGUUUUUGAGUAAAAACAAAGAUGGUGUUUUAGCUCUCCACUCUUAAGUUCGUUGUAGUUUUUGGAAAAGAUAUUGUAUUAUUGAUUGUAUUUUUCGUUAAGAGCUAUAUAGUAUUUAAUGCGUACUACAUUAAAGCAUAAAUUUCUUUUUGAAAUAUUGACGAUAUUAAAGGUACAAUAGCGGAAAAAUAAACUAGUUCAAAAAUAA